AUAACUCAGACCUUUUAUCAUUUAAAACUUUCAUACGCAUCUAUCCUGCAGAUAUGUACAUAUGUCAGUACUAAUCAAGUUAUUAUCAUUUCUCAGUAAUAUAAAAAGCGCGCGCUUCUCUAUAUUUACGUACACACAUGUGUAUGUAUGUGCGUAUGACAUUCUCACACAAAUUACAUAUGCGUACGCAUGUAAAUCAAAAAAUACAAACAUUCUUCUGAAAAAACAACAAUAGUCUCAAAAAGCAUCAUACAUACUUACAAUAUUGCUGGUAUUGUCACUGGCGAAGCGAAUGAAAUUUUAGGCGAAUUUCGCUAUUUCGAAUUGCGAGUAGCGAGCGCACAGUAAAUUCGCCACUUCGUGGGGAAAUAACUAGCGGAAAUGAAUAUUUGGUAUUGCCACUUGCGAAUUUAUAAAAUUCGCUUCGCCGUAGCUGUCAAAAUUUGGCGAACGUUUAUUCUAUUCGACUACUAAUUGAAAAUGGAGAAAACAAUAAAACGAACAACUCAAAGGCAAUUUGAGACAAUGGUGCAAUUGAUGGAAAGAAAUCCGGACUUAGCCAGAGGAUUGGCACCGUUUGGCUCUACAAAAAAGAAUAGAAUGGAGUUGUGGGAGGGUAUUGCUUCAGAAUUGAACAAUAUCGGGCCUCCAAUACGUAGUGGCAGCGAAUGGAAUAAGGUUUGGUUGGACUACAAGCUAAAACUAAAACGGAAAAUUGCAGAUAACCGUAAAGAGAUUGCAGCCACAGGUGGAAUAGGGUGGUCAUACACCCAACGCAGUGUAACGCCUUUGGAGCAGGCCGUGGACGAGUUGCUCAGUUUGCAGCAGGCAGUGAAUCCAAGCGGAGCCGCCUUUGGAAGCACUGCACCUACACCUGCACCUGCACCUGCACCUACACCUGCAUAUGUAGAAGAGGAACAUCUGUAAGAUGUCGAGGUUCAGCCUGAACAGGCUGCAAAUAUUAGCAUUUCGACUAGGCAGGCACCUACAAGAGUGGAGGAGCGCGAAAAUUUGCGUAUGAAGGCUUUGGAAAAGCAAGCGGACACGCAAGAAAGCCUUGUUGGUAUCAUGAAAAACAUUCAUUCGGUGUGUAAUGAAAUUUCUAGGUACACCAGAAAAAUUUAUGAAUUAAAAAAAGAAAAAUUAGUCCUUUAUAAAAUGAAAGAAGGAAGAAAAUAUUGAAAAAAAUA